UGUUUCUAAGGGACAAAAGCUGCUAAACAUGCAGUUAGUUCUCAGGAAACACCAGCUUGUGUGCUUUUUCUGUCGCAGAAUGGAAGGCAAAAAAAGAGUAUCUAGAAAGACCAAAACAUACUUAGAUAUGGGCAGAGAUAAGAAAGCUUCCUGACUUGAAGAGACGGCUGAAUCUAACAGGCUUUGAUUGGCAGAAAAAAAAAAACAACAGGGAAGGAAAAGGCAAAGAAACCAACUCUGAUUUCGGCGGGGCGUGUGGUUUCCAUUCAGAGCAGGAACAAAGGAGAAGUGCAUCCUUUCAAAUUGUAGACUCUUAGGGGAAAAGAGGGACAGAACUUUAUCUGAGUUUGGAAUGAGUCUGAGUAGCUGCAAUGGUAAAGUUGCUUCCAAAAGCAGGUAAACGACUUCAAAAAACCCCGCUUCAUGAAAUAUUAGUGCUUUACUUCAGUUCUAUCUGAAGUUCUGGUAGAGAGAAGAGCUCAAGAGCACAGGCAGAGUCAGCUCCCCGCAGCUCCUGCCUUGCUAAUUAAGACAGGGAGCAGUGGGGAGCUUGCAGUGACCAAGAAGGGGUGAGGGUAAGAGACCGCGGUAAACAGGAUACGAUAAAAGCCCUUAACCAAGACACAGAUGGGAAGAAGCGUUAGAGGGAGCAGCACUCACAUCUCAAGAAAAAGAAGACACGACUGAUAACAUCUGAGAGGAAGGAAACUACAUUGUGCUGAGCCUCUGCAUGUCAGAUUAUAAAAAGUAAUUUUUUAAAAUAGACCAGCCUUUUGAACAGUUUCCAGACAUGGAUUAUCCUACUUUCCUUUUGGCUCUUCUUCAUAUCUACAGAGCUCUAUGUGAAAAGGUGCUUUGGCAUACAUCAGUUCCCUUUGCUGAGAAUAUGUCCCUAGAAUGUGUGUAUCCAUCAAUGGGCGUCUUAGCACAGGUGGAGUGGUUCAAGAUCGGGACCAAGAAGGAUUCCAUAGCCAUUUACAGCCCUACGCAUGGUGUGGUCAUAAGGAAGCCCUAUGCUGAGAAGGUUUACUUUUUGAAUUCAGCGAUGUCUUCCAACAACUUGACUCUUUUCUUUCGGAAUGCCUCCAAAGAUGAUGUUGGCUACUAUUCCUGCUCUCUUUAUGCUUACCCAGAGGGGUCUUGGCAGAAGGUGAUAAAGGUGGUUCAGUCAGAUAGUUUUGAGACAGCUGUGCCACCAAAUAGCCACAUCGUCUCAGAACCUGGAAAAAAUAUCACACUCACCUGUCAGCCUCAGAUGACGUGGCCUGUGCAGGAAGUGAGGUGGGAAAAGAUACAGCCCCAUCAGAUCGACCUCUUAACCUACUGCAACUUGGUCCAUGGUGGAAAUUUCACCUCCAGCUUCCCAAGAGAAAUAGUGAACAACUGCAGCCACGGAGUGCAGAGCUUCAUCAUCAUCCCCAAUGCCCGGACCUCAGACUCGGGGCUCUACGGCUGCCGCUUCCAGGCCAGCACAGGAGAAAACGAAACCUUCGUGAUGAGAUUGACCAUAGCCGAGGGUAAAACCGAUAACCAAUAUAUUCCCUAUGUGGCUGGAGGGACAGUUUUACUCUUGUUGUUUGUUAUCUCAAUUACCACCAUCAUUGUCAUUUUCCUUAGCCGGCACCCAGCAACUCUACAAGUCCCAUCUCUACCAAUCAGUCUACCAGUCAAUCCGUGGAUGAUGCAAGAGAGGAUAUUUAUGUCAACUACCCAACCUUCUCUCAUAGACCAAAGACUAGAGUUUAAGCUUAUUCUUGACAUGAGUGCAUUAAUAAUGACUCUCAUGUACUCAUGCAUGGAUCUUUAUUCAAUUUCUUUCCACAACCCAGGGUCUACCUUAGAUACUAGUUGACUGAAUUGAGUUCAUUUGGUAGGAAAAAUAUUACCUAAAAAACAUUUUUCACAGAAGUGUUUCAGAAAACCUGACUCUAACUUGUUUACACACAAAAGGAAACUUACUGAAUCAUAUAAUACAAUGAGCCAGGGGAGAUUAAGCUUUGGGCAGGAGCUAUUUAUCAGGGCUUAAAUGUCGUGUCUAUAAUUAAGUAAUUAAGGAUGGGCAUAAACUGGCUUCUGAAUCCCUUUCCACAGUGUUGGAACCAUCUCCCUGGUCUUGGCCUCACUCUCAUGCAGGCUUUCCUCUUGUGUUGGCAAGAUGGAUGCCCACUCUUGGCAAUUUGUACAUCUUGUUCCUGUCUGGUAGAGAGUUUCCUUCUCUAGUAGAGCAAAGGUUAUUUUUUCAUUGUCAAAUAGGCAUCAUGACCAGAAAGGAUAGAAUGGCUUAAGUCAAUGAGGGGUUUACUUCUAGAGCGGAGAGAAGGGUCAAAGCACAGUACUGAGAAAUUCAGAGCAAGGUUAAAAGAGAGAUGGAGAGUCUCAGAGCUGGGGAGUUUACCAACAAAUGUUGACUGCAGUGAUUAACUAAGACAUUUUUGGUUAACUAAGUGAAAAGUGAAAUAGGGGGUGGAUUCUGGAAGUGGGGAAUCUCUCCUCAAACUUGUAGAAUCUGCUCUGUCAGCAUAGCCCAGAAAAAUACCCGGCAAUAGAAUAAAUGAAUAGUCAAGAGGAAGAUAAAUGUGAGCGGGCAAUCGCUUCCCUUACUAUUCUCCUAUAUAUUUAUCUCCCAUUCUGUAUAGAAUUCUUGCCACCAUCCCAGGUCUAACCUUAGGAGCAAAUGUAGUAGAUAGUCCAAUAAUAAAUAACCUUUUGGACAUUGUUUUUUAUUUUUUCUACUUUUGAGAAUUAUUUUUAAUAUGUAAGUUCUCUCAAAAGGAUCAGACACUUAGGCAUUAUUUUUUUAAUGAUUAUGUGAAACUUGAAUAUAAUAACACCACGUCUAACUGUCACUUUUUUACCCACAUAGAAAAAGUGACAGUUGGAAGUGGUGGUAUAUGAUGGUAGGGUAGAAAUUUGAGAGGGAAAAAAGAAAUUGGAAGGGUACAGGCAACAGAAGAACAGAAUCAAACCAUAGAAAAAUACAAAGGGAAACUUCUGCUUCACAGUUUGGACAAUGACAGCCCUAAUGACUUCACCAACAGUCAAAGCAAUUAGACACCAGACCUGAUCUUGUUUAAAUUCUGGAUAUAGGCAAACAACGAAAAGCAUUUGUGAAACUGAAUAAAACUAUCAUGGUCACCUUGAAAGCACAGUGGUCAUUAUCAAAUAUAGUGAUCAUUCAUGUCUAAAAGAUUCAUUAUUUGUCUCUAAAGAUUUCUAAAGACUACCAUCUAGAAAAGAUUCAUUAUGAAGGCUGUAUUUAAAUAUCACUGUUGUCGACUUCAUGAUAAUCUUAAAUGAAACAAAUCCAAAUUCUCCUGUUGCCUAGACAGAUUCUAAAAUGUAAUUUACACUUUUAAGCUGACUAGUGAUUAUCUUACGAUUUUAGCCUUAAGCACUAUGUAUACCAAAUAGUGCAAUUAUCUUGUGAAUUACAGAAAUGGUAAAUGCCCACAUUUCUGUGAGUUAGAAAAUUUGUGAGUUUUUAACAAAAAAAAAAACCCACCCACAUUUUCAGAAGUGAAAAAAUAAAAAUGACCAUUUCCCUGUUGUACUUAAGUAUAUGCAAGAAGAGUAAACUCUCAUUUUUAUUACGUUUGCUUAAAGAUCCUUUUAUACCUGGAUUCAUGAAAUAUUUCCACAAAUAUAUUAAUGUAACACACUUGAAAGGCAGUUUACAAGAAACCACUCUACUGUCAGAUCAAUCAAAAAUUUCGUGGGUGAAUUUAUUGGUUUGCAUGGUAAAGCAAGCUUAGCAUCAAUUAAAAGGUAAAUAAUUUCCUUUUCUGAAUGGUAAAGACAAUCAAAAUAUUACUUUCUGGAAACCUCUGAUAACCAAAUUCUCAAUGAUUGGUGUAUGUGAGAAGGAAAACAUUUUUACAGUUGUAGCAUGGGGAAAUAUAAACCCAAUUUCAAGAGAAAACAUAAUGACUGGGGGUGGAAGGCACAGUGCAGUCAGAUGCCAUUGUUCUGGUGGUUUCCACUGGGAACUUCAUAGAAGACUUUUGUUGCAAACCACUGAAGUGUUGCAAAGCCUCCAGAACAUUUGGAACUUGUCUCUUUUUCCUUGGGUAUUUUUGUGUUUUUGGUCUCUUAUGCAGUGUCAGUGAGAACUAUUUACUCUGUCCUUUCUUCUCUGUAUAUUCCUCCUCUACAGAGUGCAGGAUUUUUUCAGGAAUUUGGAGCCAUCCUAAGUCCUCCC